UUUUCGCCGUCGUAUUUGUUUUUCUCCCCGUUGGACUAUUAUAUUACUUGUGCGUCCUAUCGUUAUAGAAAAGUUUUGCAUUUAUUGCCCAAAAUUUAUUCGGGCUUAUUGCCAAAGAAAUUUGUUAUCCACCAUAAAGAUGGAUACCUAGCUUUUUUAUUGAUUUACUUGUGUGCACGUUAAAAGAAGUUCUAAAACUCGAAAUCCGCCGGCAACUAUGACUUUCCUCAGUUUUCUAAGCUAUGUUUCUCUACUAGUGCAAAUCUGUUUCGUGACUGUGUCAAUCGCUGCGGGUCUUUACUAUCUAGCGGAACUGGUUGAGGAAUACACGGUUACAGCUAAAAAAAUUAUCACCUGGAUGGUAGCAACCUCACUGAUACUCUAUGUGAUAUUCAUAUUCACGGAACCGUUUUCAUGGACGAUGUUACUUUGUGGCAUAGGGGCACAAGUACUCCAUUUAGUAAUACUAAAGAAUUUUCCUUAUGUUAAAUUCCUCUCACCAAAUUUUUUGAGUGCUGUGAUUUUAUUAUUGGUGAACCAUUAUUUGGCAUUCAUCUAUUUCCAGCAGCAGUUUCAUCCUUUCUCUGAGGUUAUGGCUUAUUUUACGCUAUGUUUAUGGCUCGUACCAUUUGCACUGUUUGUUUCUUUGUCUGCCAAUGACAAUGUUCUUCCUACGAGCAACGAAAGAACGCCACUUCUGAGUGACGAUUUAGUGACGAAUUACUUUUCGAGUAAGAAAAAAAUUGGACUCUUGUCACUUUUCAAUUAUGCUAAGGAAUCGCUUCUACCAGAGCGUAAUAAAAAGUCAUUUUAAAAGCACGCAUUGACAAAACAAAACGAAGGUUUGGCCAUUAAGCAUUCACAUUAGAUUAUUAUCUGUUAUCUUUUGUUACGUAUUUAUUCAUCAAAUUUCGAUUGGAAAUAAACAUUGAGGAAGAGAUAAUUUGGAACGACAUACUAAA